AAAUUACAAAUGUUUUGCCAAGGCAUAUUAAUGUGCUUUGUGUUUUGCAAGAUAUUGCUUGAUUGAAGAUGUAUUUUAUGUUACGAAAGUUUAACGGAGGAACGAGGGCACGUCACCAAAACCUAUAAAUAAAGCUUUAUUAGAAACGUCGCAAGAGAACAAACGAAAAUUUCGCGAUUAUGGACAACAGAAGCGAUGACUCCGUUCCAUCAGAUUAUUGGUGUGCAAUGGACAAUGACGUUCUCCAGAGUAUCUUGGAUGUACCAUUGCCUUCUCAAAACAAAUCUGAGCUGCGCAGCGGUAAACAGCAUGCAGGCUUCGACAAUAAUGUUGGCGAUACAUGGUUAUACCCAAGCAACUUGCCACAACGUGCCUACCAGUUAAGUAUAGUGAAAGCCUCUCUAUUCAACAACACGCUUGUUGUAUUGCCCACAGGUCUUGGGAAAACUUUCAUAGCAGCGGUUGUGAUGUACAAUAUAUACCGAUGGUACCCCACUAGUAAGUUAAUAUUUUUGGCUCCCACACGUCCUUUGGUGGCCCAGCAAAUCGAUGCUUGUCAACGUAUAAUGCCGUUUCCCGAUGAAGAUACCGUGGAGUUGACUGGUAGAUUACCACGCAACCGCCGCAAAGAACUGUGGGAGAAAAAACGCGUUUUCUUUGCAACUCCUCAAGUAGUACUGUCAGAUAUAUGUUGUCGGGAUGAAGCCAACACGAGUAAUGCGGAUUUAUAUUUUCCUUUUGAUCAAGUAAAACUAAUUGUAGUGGAUGAAGCGCAUCGCGCCAAGGGACGAUAUGCAUACACCGAAGUAGUCCAAGCUAUACAUCAGCGUAAUAAUUAUUUGCGAGUUCUAGCUCUUUCUGCAACCCCGGGGCGAACUAUGGAGGAUAUUGCUGAAGUAGUGUGCAAUCUGUUCAUUUCUCACAUUGAAGUCCGGUGCGACACAUCUGUCGAUGUGCUGCCUUAUGUUCAUAAACGGCAUAUGAAAACCAUUGUUGUUCAGCUUGGCGAAGAGUUAAAAGCAUUGCGAGAAGAAGUUUUGGAGAUAAUAGACCCAUACCUACGACGGCUUAUUGAUGCCAAAGUGUUAAGUGGGUCAUUGGCGAAAAUUUCGCGCAAUUUUCUACUAUUCGAGCAGAAGCGAUUUCUUGAUCAAAGCCGAAAUAGACAGCACCCACAGCAAAGGGCUAUUUCAACAAAUUUUUCCUUUUGUAUCAGUAUGUAUCACGCCCUAGAGUUGUUAGAAAGGCAUGGGAUGCGUGUAUUUGUGCAUCAUUUUGACGAAGAUGAGGAGGGCCGCAGUAAAUUUGUUGUAAAUAUGGAACCGAAAAUACGUUAUUUGUUAGAUAAAUUGCGCAAUCAGUUGGGGCCAAAUCCUUUCGAAUUCUCAACGCACCCUAUGACCAAUGGAAAAAUCGCCCCAAUGCCUGAUAACUUGGACUUCGGGCAUCCUAAAUUUGAAGAGGCCCGAACAUAUUUGCUCGCUCACUUUCAAGCUCAUCCAGAUUCACGUGCCAUAGUUUUCUGCGAAUAUCGGGAAUCUGUUAUGCUGAUAUAUCGUUUGUUACUACAACACGUUCCAUUGUUAAAACCGCGUUAUUUUGUAGGCCAAGGCGGCGCCACUGGUUCUCUGCGGCCGCUUACACAAAAGGAGCAGAUACAAAUAAUGCAAGAUUUUCGCAGCGGAAAAAAUAACAUUCUUGUGGCAACAUCUAUCGGAGAAGAAGGCAUUGAUGUUGGUGAAGUCGAACUGAUUGUAUGUUUUGACAUUAAUACUACGAAUCCCCAACGUUUUAUUCAACGCAUUGGGCGAACUGGACGACAAAAACAAGGAAAUGUUUUAUUAUUAGUAACCGAGGGACGGGAACAGCAAAUUCUAAAGGAUGUCUUAGAACAGAAAGAGCAGACAAAUGCAAAAAUUCUUCACUCAUCGGUAGUUACGAAGUCGUUGUACAAACACUCACCUCGCCUAGUGCCUACUGAUUUGGAUCCAAAAGUAAUUCACGUUUUUAUAAAGAGAAAUGAUUCUCUUGAUAAAAAUGAUACGUGCAGCAAGAACAAGAAAAUAAAUAAAAAAAGCAAAGAAAAAGAUUCUAAAGCGAGUCAAGAUCUUCGCACUUUUUUCAAAAAGAAACCAAUUUCAAAUUCGAAUGCAAUAUUCCCAGAUCCGUCUCAACGUGGUUUAGAGACACAAGAUAUCGAAAAAUGCUUAAACAAAAUAGAUGACUAUUUCAAAGCUUUCGAAUCUCCAAUAGCUACGAAUACCCAGUUAUAUUCGCUAGACCAAGUGCCACCUAAUCUUAAACAGUCUCAACGAAAACCAAUAUUAGAAUCGCAACGUUUUCGCCAUCUUCGAAAGCUACUGCAAAAAACUUCUCCUUUAAUACGCUCGAAGGAGCUUCUGACCGACCCUGUGGAUCAAAUAAAAUCAACGAAAGUAUCUGAUGAUGGAAAACGGUUCAUUUUACGGCAAAAACCAUCUAUCGUCAGUGAUGUUUUGGAAAAAAUUAAGUUACUAGAAUCAUUGCCUUUGGAACCGGAUGAAAUGUCCGCGGAGGAAAAAGAUGUAAGACAUUUGUACAGUAUAAUUGAAAAACUUCUAGGUGGUACCCGACUAGCCGUAGAAAUAUUCAUUGACGAUGCUGAUAUUGAAUACAUGGUUAGAAACCGCAUUUAUAAACCCUUCCUUGACGUAAGGCAAAGUGAAUAUAAAGAUGCUUGCGAUGCGAUAUUUGAGGGGUUAGAAGAACAGGGAGAGUUAUGUGAUAAUUUCGAUUAUAUUCAAAAAGAAUUAAAAAAAACAGACUUUUACAAAGAGUCAUAUCCCGAACCGGAAGAAAAUUAUCAUUCGCCAAUUCGGUUUUACCCAACGAAGAACGCCGUAGAAUCAAUGAUAUAUGAGACAGUUGACGAAGAUGUUCGAAUUAGCAAUGUGACAAAUAACAGCGAGGCUACAGAUUCUAUUUUACAUUGGGAUGAUUUCGCGAUGAAUGCCCCAUCGGCUAAAAAAUCAACUCCAGUGCAGGGCCCCCUUGUAAAGGCAUUUCAACGACAAAUUAGAAAAUUUGGGAAAAAAAAUUCUUUGAAUAAUACUUUCAAUGAAUCAAAUAAAGUUGCCAAAGAUGACUUUGAUGUAAUAUUUGUAUCAGAAACAGAAGCCGUAACUAAUACCACACCUGCAACAUCUGAUAAAAUACAUGAAAAGCAAGACUUUCCCUCUAAAAAAAUUUUUGAAAAUCUGGAACCGAAUUCGAUCGGUCGUUCUAAUAAAUUUGAAACUAUCACUGUGGAUGCGCCCAACACCGAAAGAAAUUUUCCAGCAAAAAGUUCAUACCUUAGCGAUUUAGAUGUGGAUAUGGAAGAGUUCCUAGAACCUUUCCCUGAAGAAACUCGAUCUGAGAGCUCAAGAAAGGAUUCAGGUCGGUUAGCGAGCCCUAUUUGUUCCACUCUUAAAGAAGAUGAAAUUACUUCCAAUUUAUCAAUUCCCUCGCAGCAAGCGAAAGAAUUAUCAAACACAAUAAACGUUGUGAAUCCUUACUUACCCACCAGAUUUAUGGCAGCUUCAGUACAGCUGUCUUCUCAAAUCGAAAUAUACAACUACCAACCUCAAAAGCAUGACGAAGAAAAACUGCAAAAUGGGGGACUGAGUAGCAAUUUGCCGGAAUAUAUGGAUAAAGGUACGUCUUAUGCAAAGAAUCAGUACCUCAAAGUAUCGGUGGAUUUCAAGGAUGAUAAAAAUUCAAGCCCCGCUUCACCACUCAGCUCGAGUCAAAAAGAAAAUGAAGAUAAUUCAAAUCUUUUAGACAUCCCAACUACACCAAAAGAAAAAUCUAAUUCAAACGAAUUGAAUCCGAAAAGUCCCGUGACGCCACAUUUGAAGUUUCCAACUCGAUUAGAGCAUUGUGAAAGGUCUCCAAAUUUAUAUGAACUGUACUUACAAAAUGUACGAAAGCGUAAAAAAUUGCCGGAGCAUGUAAAACAAAGCGUAUCUUUCGCAGAAAAUCAGCUUAAAUUAUUGUCCGAUAUGAAUUCGGUUUCAACAGCCAAUGUUUGCGACAAAGAUAAAUCAUUCAUUAAUUCACCUAAAACAUCGAAGCUAGUUUUGUCUAGUGAUUCGAGCGAUUUAGACAUGAGGGCCGAAGAAGGAACCGAAACUGAGUGCGAGGAAUUUGUGGAAACCCAAAUUCGCACAAACAAGAUCAACGAUCCUAAUUCAUUUACUGAUUCCAAUGUCGAAAAUUCAAAGGCAGAAGGCGGUUCUGAAACAAACUGCGAAGAAGUGGCUGAAACUCAAAAGCGUCGGCGUCGACCAAAACUAAAAAGUCGAUUGCACGAGUUCAUUGAUGCUGAGGCUAUAUUUAGCAGCGAUGAUGGGAGUGAAGAAGAAUUAAAUGAAAUACCAUGCAACCAGUAUGUAAAAGAUUCUAUGAUUGUAUCCAGUGACGAAGUGGAGACUUUCGACGAAAAUGCACCCACUACAACACAGAUGCAUGCGUACUAUCUUCAAUCGGUCAGAAGUCCAAAACAUUUACGGCGUAACUUCAAGAUUCCCUCUUUUCGUGAAUUUAAUGAUCAGGUUUAUUCACAACCUGCUCCUGCAGAGCCAUCUCAGUACGUUUGCGAUUCCUUCGUAGUAAGUGAAGAAGAUGAUGAAGAACCUAAGGAUGCACAAGACCAAACUAUAUGCCCUCUGGAACGCGCUGAACGCAUUUUAAAAGAACGACGGCGUGCACGUGGAAAUUUCAAAGUAGUUGCUAAGAUUCAGAAGCGAAGGCGUAUUCGUCAACUUAUGGAUAGUUCUGAUGAGGACGACUGAACCUUGGAAUUACAUUUACUUGAUGUUUUAUGUUACGGUAUGAAGCAAUAAAUAUAAAGAUAACCACAGUCGAAUAUAUAUUUACAAAUGUAUAUAUUUGCACUUUGGUAUUAUAUUUAUUUACGUUACUACAAAAAUACAAAAUUCUUAUAAGCUUA